AUGUCACGUCACGUUGUUUACGGCUGGGUGACGUCACACGUCGUCCAUCACAAAUGCAACCUGCAUUCGAGUGAAUCCAGCGAGGGCAGUUCUGACGGUGAGACUCGACGCACAAGACCGCUGCCGCCACCACCGCACCAUGAACCACCUCACAAGAUGCUAUCGGGCGACUACCCAUCGUCGGCGCAGGAUAAUUCGUCGUCCUCCGCGGCGGACUCGCGUCGGCGCCCGCAGGCCUUCAGCAAACACGACCGGAGGCAUAAGGAAUUCAAAAAUAAGGACAAGAAGAAUUCAUCGCAACUACAGAAUACUGCGUCUCCGCAAAAUUGGGGUCCGCAGGGCGCGCACGGCGUGCCGCUGUUCGUGGAGAAGUGCGUGCAGUUCAUCGAGCGCGAGGGGCUCGCGUCCGAGGGGCUGUACCGCGUGCCCGGCAACCGCGCGCACGUCGACAUGCUCUUCACCAGGUUCCGCGACGAUCCCAACGUAGACCUAGAUGCGUUAGACAUACCAGUGAACGCGGUGGCCACGGCGCUCAAAGAUUUCUUCUCGAAGAAACUGCCACCUCUACUGGAUGAGGCUAGCAUGGCGCAACUUGAAGAUAUAGCUGGUAAGUUUUCAAGGAUCUAAUUAGUACAUAAACAA